AUGACAUUUGAGAGCUAUUCCUUCAUGCUAUGGCUCAUCCUAAUCACGAGUGGCUCUUCCGUCGUUACACAAGCUCUGAAUUCAUCUUCAGUUUCUUCAAAAAUAAAAUGUCUCCCCGAGGAGAGAAUUACUUUCCUGAAACUGAAGCAUGAGUUUACAUUCACAGAACCUGGUUUGGAUGAUGAGACUUAUUCAUCAUAUCCAAAGAUGAAGUUUUGGAAGGGAAUGGAUUGUUGCAAGUGGAAUGGAGUUAGAUGCAACAUGAAAACUGGCCAAGUUGCAAGCCUUGACUUAAGCAGCAGUUGGCUUCAAGGCCAUUUGAGCUCAAAUAGCAGCCUCUUCAAUUUGCACCACCUUCAAAGUCUCAACCUUGCCUACAACAACUUCAAUUCUUCCAAGAUUCCUUCAAGGUUUGCCCAACUUUCAAAGUUAACCCAUCUCAACCUCUCUUACUCCUACUUUUCAGGGCAAGUCCCAAAUGAAAUUACUUGGUUGAACAAUUUGAUUUCUCUUGAUCUCUCUGCUAACUUUGAUUAUGAAGAUGGAACUAGUUCUUUGUUUCUUCAAACAGAAAAUUUUCAUCAAAACUUUUCACAAUUACAAGUGCUUUCCCUUGAUCAAGUGAAUCUCUCUUCUCUAAAUCCUCAAUCUUUAUCAAAUUUGUCCUCAUUGACAUCUCUCUCUCUUAUAAGCUCUGAUUUGCAGGGUGACUUCCCAAACAAUAUUUUUCUUUUGCCUAAUAUACAAGUCAUUCAUUUGCAAAACAACUAUGAUCUCAAUGGUUUUCUACCAUCAUUUCAUUCCAGCAGCAAUCUAGAGACAUUGGAUCUCUUCUCCACAAAUUUUUCUGGACCAAUACCUGAUUCCAUUGGCAAUCUCAAGAGUUUAAAAAAUUUGAAUGUCCCUUUUUGCAAUUUUAUAGGGCCUAUUCCAUCCUCCAUUGGAAAUAUUUCCAAACUCAUCCAUUUGGACUUUCAAUUCACCUACCUCAUUGGUAAAAUUCCACCCUCUUUAGGAAACCUUUCUCAACUUGAAGACUUGUCCUUGUCCUACUGCAGUUUUAGUGGUAAGGUUCCAAGUACAAUGGGUAAUCUUGCAAAUCUCGUGUACAUUUAUCUUGAUCAUUCUGGAUGUACAGGAGAACUACCCUCAACACUAGGAAACCUCAAAAAACUUGUGGUAAUAAAUAUUGUGGGAAACGAAAUCAAUGGUCGAAUUCCAUCAUCACUUGUAAACCUAACCGAAUUAGCUACUUUGACUCUUCACUACAAUGGUUUGGAUGGUGAGUUGCCACUAGGAUUGACGAACUUGACCAAACUUCGGUCCUUAGGUAUGUCACACAAUGCUUUGAGUGGAGCCGUUCCUUCAUCUUUGUUCACAAUGCCUUCUUUGAGUGAGGUACAACUAGAUGACAACCAGUUUGCAGGUCCUUUAACCAUCCAUAGUGUCACUUCAUUCAACUUGACUCUUCUCUCUUUAAGUCAAAACAGGUUAAGUGGACCAAUUCCAAAGUCACUGUCCAAGUUGGAGAGCUUGACUUCUCUUUCCCUUGAUUCAAACAACUUCAGUGGUAUAGUUGAAUUAGACAUGUUCUCAAAGCUCAGCAAUCUUCGUGAGCUUUUUAUUUCAGAUAACAGUUUUGUUGUAACAUACACAGAUUCAAAUUUCACUCUUCCCAAACUAUUUUCUUUAGGUUUGGCUUCAUGUAGCAUGAGAACUAAGUUUCCAAAUUUUUUGAGAAGCCAAGAUGAAUUACAAUACUUAGAUUUGUCCAAUAACAAAAUUGAAGGCGAAAUUCCCAACUGGUUCAUCAACAUGGGAGUUGAGUAUUUUAAUCAUUUGAAUCUUUCUCACAACAACCUCACUGGUUGGGAAACACCCCAGUUUAUUCUUCCAUGGAAAUACUUGAGAAUUCUGGAUUUAAGUUUCAACAAGAUGCAAGGUUCUCUUGUGGUGCCACCAGUGUCCACACAAUACUUCUUCAUGUCAGAAAACAAAAUAAGUGGAAAAAUUCAUCAUUUCUUUUGUAACUUGACUGAGCUUGUUGUCCUUGAUGUGUCCAAUAAUCUCCUAAACGGGACCAUUCCACCAUGCUUGGGAAGCUCAAGCAGAGAGCUCUCCAUGUUGAGUUUGAAAGGAAACUAUUUCCAUGGGAAAAUACCUCAGAGAUUUAUGGAUGGAAAUAAGUUGAUGACAUUGGACCUCAGUCAUAACCAAUUCCAAGACAAAGUUCCAAUAGUGCUUAUCAAAUGUAAAGCACUAGAAGUUAUUAAUCUUGGGCACAAUCGUUUGAGUGACACAUUUCCAUUUUGGCUCCAAAAUCUUCCAAAGUUGCAAGUUCUUGUAUUGCGUUCCAACAAUUUUUCUGGUCCAAUAUGGAGUCCCAACAAAAUUGUAGGCUUUGACAAAAAUUCCAAGCACAAACAAGUCGAAGCCGAUAUCAAAACUCAGUGA